AUGGACGCCAUUUUCGGACUUUUCGACAAUUACCCCAAGGACGGCAAGAUAUCCUACAACGAGCUCUGUGCAUACCUUUUAUUGCACGCUGAAGGCGUCACCGAUGCCGAAAGAUCAGAGUUCACCUUUUCCAUCUGUGACGCUAAUGGAGACAAUAAGGUAUCGAAAGAGGAGCUCUCCGAGGUCGUGGGGACUCUCGCAUACGCCAAGUCCAAGGACUGGAGCGUGGCCCAAGUGAGACGCCUCGCUAUGCGGGGCAUAAGCUUGGAGUUACCUCAGGCUGUUUCCUCACGCAUAGUGGCGGAUGCAUUCGCGAAUUCUGACGAGGCUGAUCUCGAUAUUCACGCUUUCACCAAGUGGAGUCGAGGACAGUCCGAAGAGGCCUGGGUACGGUGA